UCGGCGCCCAGCUCUCGCGCCCUGGACGCUGGCUGUCAGCACCCAAACCCCAGACCAACCCGCAGACCGUCCCCAAAGGCACCGCACGUGUCCGACACUCCGUACUGGAAACACCGAGGGCUUACGGCACGCGAGGAGGAGCGAACCUUCGGAACCGGUCACCUGAGGCCUAGAUCUGGCUAGUGGGAGUUUCUCAAGGGGAGCAGUCUACAUUUCUUAGGAGAAAACGCCACCAAACUUCCCAAAGUGAUCCCAAGUGAGGAAGGCGAAUGUGAAGACCCAGCGGGGAAAGGGGGAAGGAGCCCGCAUUCCGAUGGAGGCGGAGGAAGGCGCGCGGCCAGGAAAGGGAGAGGGGCUGCAGGGAGCUCGGCGGGACCCGGAAUGGGGUGGAAGUCCGCCAGCGAGUCUCUCCCGGCGGCCACGUCGCUUAACUCGGGACGCCCGUCCGGGGUCCGCAGUGCCCGCGAGGCGACGGCUCGCGCCCUCCCGACUUCCCGGCUCUGGCCACUCCCGGCGCACCCAAGGCUCGGGUCGAACCCCUACCCGAAGGACCGGGAGCCCCAAGGAACCCGGCCCGGCUCCCAGCGCAGACCGCAGCCGCACCGCUUCCGCUCGGAGCCACCGCGUGGGCCGCCCGGACCUUGGACCGCACCUCGCGGCCGGCCACCACGCGUGACCCCAGCCCCGAGCCGCAGCCGCGGCCGAAGCGAGCGCCGCCGACCCACACUCACCGCAGCGCUCCAUCCCGCGUCCCGGACGCGGACGCCGGCCCGACACUCACGGCCGCCUCCGCCGCCGCCGAGGGCUGGAGCUCGCAGACCCCAUCCCCCCACGACCCGCGGACACUCGGCCAAGCCGCCGCCGCCCCUGCAGCCACCGCCACUACCGCGCUGUCCGCCGCCGCCCCGCCCCUGGCCUCGCUCCUCCCCCUGCCUCGCCCCGCCCCUGGAGCCCAACCCAUUGGCCCACGCGCGGAGUGGGCGGGGCUUGGCGUCCAGCAGCAGGUGGGGCGGUUUCUGGCUCGGGCACGCUGGGAGGCCGGCUGUCAACAGCGCGGGAGUCCCCAACACCAGAGGUGUUGGCCAGACGGUGCGGUUUGCCGCAGGACCAGAGAAGCGAACCUUAGAAACAAGUCACCUUUUGCACCCUCCAGCCCGGAGCAGGUCUUCUGCCUUUGUUGUGUAAGUGGAGAUUUCCCAGGUGGACACUUUGAAUUCCUUCUAGUCUAGUCGGGAAUCUUCAACUUUUGUCUGCCUUCCUCCCCCACCCUUAUGGAACAAAAAUAUAUUUCGUGCUUAACUUUAAAACUGCCCCACUCUUUUCUAUCUUGUCGUUUUCAGAAACUAAAUUAUCCAACUAUUAUGGCUUAUAGAAGUUGCUCAAUAAAUACUAGUUGAAUUUCCCCCUAACUGUGCUACUUGCUAUUUACUAGUAAAUGCGCCCCUAAGUAAUGGUACUCACCAACAACCAAAAUUAAAGCAUUUAUAUAGAACUUGGAUCAUACAACAUAUAUAAAAAAAGUACAGCGUUUCUCUUGAAUAAUAGAGUAUAUAUUGUAAUACACCCACUCUGCCAAGAAUACCCUUCCUGUCAUCUAGGCUGAGACAUAGCAGGCACUCCAUAAGUUUUAGUUGAGUAAAUGGGUAAGACUAUGGGAAGGGAAUUUGGAAAAGUUCCUCCAUCUCAACCUCCCCUUAACUUUUUUUCAAAAUAUAUUAAACAUCGGCCAUAUUCUCCAUUCUUUUUAAUAUAUAUUUUUUAUUGAUUUUAGAGAGAGGGAGGAAGGGAGAAGGAGAGAGAGAAACAUCAAUGAGAGAGAACCAUCAGCUGUCUCCUGCCUGCCCCUACUGGGAGUCAAGCCUGCAAGCCCAGCACGUGCCCUGACCAAGAAUCAAACCACAAUCACUGGGUGCACAGGAUGAUGCUCAACCAACUGAGCCACACCAGCCAGAGUACCCACUCUUCUUUUUCUUUUUUUUACUCUGGAAGGAUAUGAUAUUUUAAAACAGAGAAAGAUGGCAAUUUAUUUUUGCAAAAUAAAUACAAUUAUUAACUGAGAAAGAAUGACUAUCAAACAUAUGUUAUUUGAGACAGGUGGCUCAUGUGUUUGGUAAAGAAAAGAAAGAAUUAAGGGAAAUUCUGGCACAAAAUUCUAUUAACACAUUAAGCGCCCAGCCUAUUUUGUCUUCUGUACGGAAAGUAUAGUGUCAGUCACCGGUGACUGACCCGGUGCUUAACGUGUCCCAGCACAUGCCCUUAUGCACCAACUUGUUUUUUACAUAUAAAUGUUUCUUGGUUAAAAUGGCUCAAGAGCAUGGCUUUGAAGGACAAAGAAUCACAGACAAACAAACUAAAAUCAGAGGCAUAAUGGAUGCUGGAUUGAUAGUUAAACAUUUAGGACAGGUGGUAUAGUAUUAUUUUAUCAUUACAGUACUUAUUGAUAACAUAUAACCACACUGCCUAUUGAAAUGUUCCUUGAUCUUUCCAUGAUAGAAGUAAUACUGCCUCUGCUGAAGCCUUCCUCUUCUCCUCACUAAAAAUCAAUCAUCCCAUUUGACAUUAUAUGGUACAUACAAUCCUAUUCUUGUGGUACUUGUGAUUCUCAUAAGUAUUUUAUUUGGUAGCAUUUAUUUAUGCUAAUUAGAUUGUGAAGUUCUACAGUAUUAUGUUGCAUAGGUAUAUGUCUGGUAUAGAAGGGACUAAGUAUUUACUGGAGAAAUUUUGAGGGAAUGACCAGUGAGCCAAGAAAUAAAAAUCCUUCAAAAUGUGUUGCUUUUGUUUGUUUUUACCAUAAACUCUGCUCAACUUGUUUAACUGGUGAAACCAAAUAGAAUGGCUUCAAAACCACUUGCCUGAGGCAAAGCCUGUCCCAAGUCACUGUGCCCUGAGGUGAAGGGAUUGAUAAUGCAGGCAGGUGCUCCACAGGGACAGUAGGGAUUGGAGCCAACCCCACAGGAGAGCACAGUGGAUAGGUGCUCUUCCUCUCAGCCACACUUAAGUGAUAGUCUGUUUAGGAGAGUGCAAAAUCAUCCACCAGACCUAUUUUACUCAUUGUUCAAAAAUAUAUUGAGUACCUCCAAUGGGCCAGGCAUUGUU